UGGCUGUGAGGCGCUACUACGACGACCUGGACAACGUCCUCCAUCUCGCGAUGUGAUACACAUCCCGUGGCACCCUCGCCUACGAUUCUUGCGCCACUCGCAGCGGUGUAUCGAUAACCCAAUCGAUACGGGAAUGAGUCAUAAUCGUCGAGCGUUGCCAAAGACUAUAUUGUCUCGAUGAUGCAGUCGAUCGUGUGACACUCUCGAUACAUCAGGAAGAAGGAACGAGGAUUGGAAUCGCACGGAAUAUCCUUUUAUUCAUUGUUGACGUUCUCUCCAAAAGAUCUUAUCCGAGAAACGGUCGUUUGUGUGAGAGACGAAUCAGAACGAAGCUUGUUCUGAAAGUUUUCGAUAUAUUUAAUAAUUAUUAUGUCGGGCCUUUGAUCGUCGGGGCGUGAGGCACGGUGAUUGCGUGCCGAGAGAUCGAGACGCGUGGACAGGAAGAGCGGAACGAUGUGAGAGAUAAGUGACACCAAGAUGACAAGUCGAUGAAUUAAUCUUUAGCAAGUGCGAUUCUUAUCUCGCGUGUAUGAAGGCGCAACGUAGCAUUCCUACAGAUAGACGAAGCUGCAUUCCCUCUAAUCUCGAUCGCGGACGAAACACUGUUUUCGAGAAAUUGUACAUAAAUGCUCGCGCGGAGAACGCAUAGCAUUAGCUAGCGCGUACUCUCGAAUUCCUAAUCGAACGUUAAUGAUUCAUUUACUAAGGUUCGCCGCUAUUCAGUGCUACACAUAUCGUGGUCAUUGUGGCGCCAAAGAGUAUGACUUAUAAACGGCUAUGUAGAAAAAUCGAAAAACUCUGUUGAUACGCGAGCUCUAUCGCUCGCGCCAAAGCUCUACAUGCCUAAAACUUUUCUAAUCUAAAAAUAUACACGUGAUUCGGAUAAGACGACAUAAUUCGGAUGAAUCAUGGCAGGAUUUUGAGCGCGGGCAACCGCGAGGAUCCGAUUAUCCUCGGGAUCGAUCAUCGCGGACAGUGUGUAAUACGAGCUGCGAGCUGCGCGUCGAGACAAUUAUUCCCUCGGAUCUAACUAGAAUAAUAAUCGGGCGCGUCGCGUGGAGUGCGAGGGAGGAGAGUGCAUGUGAAUGUGCGCGCUCGUGCGUGUCUGUGCGCGAAGUGCAUAAAGCGACGAUGGGAUAUCGGUGAGAUCACGAGGUCACCGCAGAAUGCCUGAGCCUAGGGCAAAGCGCUGUAAACACUGUGACGAGUCUGGCCACAGGUUGGACAGCGGCUCCCCGUUCUGGAGGAUUCAACUCGAUCAGGACCUUCUGGAUACCAUCAGUGCGAUCUAUCCGGAGUGGUUUAAGGAUUACACUAACAGCCGAGCGGCAUCGGCAUCCUCGUCCCCCACGUCUUCGGGCGCUUCCAGCGCGCAAUCCUGCGACGAGAACGCCGCCGUGGUCGUCGCCAGCGAACGCGGCGGCGAGCACAAGAUCGCCAAAGGCGACGCCAAAUCGAGACCCAAGGUGAAAAAAGCGGACGGCCACAAGGAUAAGGAUCGGGACAGGAAGGAUCCUAGGCGCGACGCCAAGGACGAGAGGGACGCUGGAAACGGUAAGAAAGGGACGAGGCCCUCGCCGCAGCAGGAUAAAGCAGCGGCGGACGCGGCAGGAAGGAAGGCCGCCGGUGCUGCUGCUCCAGAAUCGGGCUCGGAGAUGGCCGAGGGCAAUCAGUCGCCGCCGAAGGCGGAGGUCGACGAUUCCCCUCUCCAGCACGCCAUGGAUCGCAACAAGGAAUCGUUAAAGGUGAAGCUCAUGCUGAGGCGACCCAUCAAUCAGCUGGUUGCGCAAGGCAUCAUGCCAUCGCUGAAAACGCCACCGGCGUUUCACGAGCAACGGAAGCAGCUCGAGCGGGCAAAGACAGGCGAUCUGCUGAAGGCGAAGAUCCAGCAGAGACCAGGUAGGGACGAGCUCGUCCGACAGCACAUCCUCGAAGAUGUGGGUCACGUGGAUCCGAGUCUGGCCGAGCGGCAACGGAUGCUGAAGAAGGCCAGGCUAGCCGAUCAUCUCAACGAUCAGCUCAGUCAUCGACCCGGACCGCUCGAGCUCAUCCAGAAGAAUAUCCUUCAUACUGAAGAGCCCAUCGAGAGGGCAGUCAAAGAGGGCCACAUUCCCUUCAAGGCCACCUGUGAGGGGCAAGUGACGAAACCCCAACAUCCGGACCACUACAUUACCUUUGAAGAUGACUCUCAGAGCUCGGAGGGCGCACCCUCGCCGCAAUUGGAAUCGCGAUCGUCGGAUGUCCUGGAAACCGCGGCGGCCUCCGCGGGUAUCGUCACAGUUUCUCUCAGCAUACCCACGACUGGCGGCGCCGUUGUGGUCUCGUCAACGUCCCCUGUGUUCCAGCAGACGUCCACGGAAUCGACGAUACAGACCUUCGCCGAGCUUUGCAACACCGUUGUAGGCACGCAGCAGCAAAGUCAACAGCAACAGAUUCAGCAGGUCCAGCAACAUGCGUCUACGCAGGCGAGUCAGACGACGAAUGGCCCAUCGACAACCCUCCUGCCAUUGGCGCCGGCGCCGAGCCCGAUGUCCCUCGGCUCAACCACAUCCAGUCUGAGCCCUCUGUCCAACAUCUCGAUAGCGUCGCCCCCGGCGCCGCCGCCGGCGGCGAUCACCCCGCGCCCCCAACCGAGCCCGAUUGCCGCCGCCGCCGUCACCACGUGCCAAAGGAGCGACGCCCCCGGAAAGGACAAGAACAGAAAGAAGUCGAAGACCAAGAGCCAGCCCAAGACCCGCACGAUUAAAUUCCACGAGUAUAAAGGUCCGCCAAAUGCGCAGAAGACACCGGUGUCGUCUAGCACUUCCAGUCUUGGCGCCACGCAACCCGGUGAGACCAGUUACGAGCUGCUCCUGCAGCAGCAGCAGCUGUUCCUUCAAUGGCAAGUCGAGUGGCACCACAAGUAUCCACACAUCUUGCCGGCCGUGCAGAAGCCGCUGUCGCUUACGAGUAGCGGUGUAAGUGACGCUGGUAGCGUGAGCGGAAGUAAUGCUAACGCUGCCAGUCCAGCUCCUUCGAAUUCCUCGAACAAUCCUUCAGAGCAGCCUCCAUUGAGGCCCCUGGGCAAAUUGGAGGACAUGAAAGUGAGCGAUCUCAAGGUGGAAUUGAAACGACGAAACUUGCCGGUAUCGGGAUCGAAACCGCAACUGAUCGAGCGAUUAAAGCCCUUCACGGAAUCGUCUAGUAGCAACUCGAUCUCCAACGGACAGCACGUAACGCAUAUGGGCCAUAUCUUGAUGGACACGCCUGGCCCGAUGGCGACGGACGAGUCCAGCUCUCAAGCCAAGAGUCCGAAUUGUAUCGUGAAGGACGAGCCGCAUAGUCCAAGAACGAUCUCGCCUCACAGUAGCGAGCACGACGAUCCAUCGAGUCCACCAGUUCGUGUUUCAGGAGAUGAUAUCAUCAAGGUGCAGAGGAGACGGAUAGAAGAGUUACAACGUGAGCUGUACAAAUCGCAGCAACAGCUUCAACAGAUCCGCCAGACGCAACCAGCUACGGUGCGUGCCGAGAAACUGGUCCUGCAACAACACCUACAAAACAAAAUGCAACAACAACAGUUACAAUUACAUUUGCAACAGCUUCAACAUUUACAACAGCAGCAGCAGCAGCAACAACAGCAGCAACAGAAUCAACAACAGUCGCAACAACAAACGCAGCAACAAGCCACGAUCCAACAAUUCAAUGCGAAGGCGAGUCUCGCGGCCUUUUUACAGGCACAGCCAAACAAUGCGACCGCUAUUCUCGAUUCCGCGACUUUAACUGCGAUCAACAACAAGAAGAAUCAAUCCAAGAAUAGCACAACUGUUCAAAUACCUACAGCGAUCGUUCUGAAUCUGGCAAAGCCGACCAAACUGAAUAGCUCGCUGCUCAAUGCUCUCAUGGCGCAGGCACAAGUUCAACAGCAGCAACAAACAACUACUACCUCCGACGACAUCAAGCCACCGCCACCGCAGUACGAUGAAGCCGCUAAGUUGCUUAAGGUCAAAAUCGAGCCAGUCCAGAAGAGUCACAUAAAGAGUCAAGUUGUCGACGAUGUAUUAGAGAUUCUCAUCAAGAAUGGUGAAUUACCGCCGAGUGCCGCGCAAGAUCCAGCUACUCCUACGACUCCGAAUCGUCAGCUGCAGCAGAAUCUGGUCUUCACCGCGCCGGCGGACAGUCCAACUCAAUCGUUGGUCUUUACGGCCGCUAGUCCAAUGAGUCCGAUCAGUCCGAUCAGUCCGAUACCGAUGGAAGUAUCCCAGAGCGGUUGCUCGAGUCCAUCAACCCCGGCACCGCCGCCGCCGCCGCCAUUACCGCUAACGGCAUUUUCUAUUCAAUUACCCAACGCGUUACAACAAUUGCAGCAGCAGGAGGAGAUCUCGUCUUUCAAUACGGAUCUCUUGACUGCCGAGGCCGAGAUGGACACCACCAUGUUACUCAGUCCACAGUCGACGCAACAAACAUCUCCGGAUCCUCAGCCACCACAAGAAGUAACUUCUUCGGACAACGCAAAUUUGGAUCUCAAAGAACUAGGUCUGGACUUGGAAACAUUGGAUCCAAUGGACUUUGUCCAGUUGGAUUGUGACAUGCCAAUGGAUAUGGACGAUCCCGAUUGGUUAGACUCCCUGAUGCCGCAAUCGCCCACAACUUCUACAACAUUGUCAUCCAACCAUCAAUCUACCACACCGUCGAUUAGUCUCUCGUCUGCUACAGAUAUCUAUGAUCCGCUCUUAGGAAGCAAUCAAUACUCUUUUGAUCUCUUUAACAUGGAAGACUCUGACUUCAAGAUGUCAUCCGACUUAUCUCCAAUGACGUGGGACAAAGUAGAUUUCGCGACCUAGCCCAAGAUAUUCUUUCAUAAUUCGGCGUUAUGUACUUAAUUCUCGGUAAGCAAUCAAAAAUAUAAUUCGAGAGAAAGAGACAAAAGGAUGCGGACAGUCAGAUUAUUAUAUUGCCGGAUGUUUUGGUGAGAUCUAUCCGGUGCAUUUUAUAUAAAUCAUUUGGCGACAUCUCUCUUUACCUCUGAUGCAUCUUAUGACUUAUAUCGACAUUACAUCGAAUAUGUACUUACACGCGCUCAUCGAGACAAAAAGUAUUUCAGCACAUUUUUUACAAAUUAAGUGAAAACAUAAUCAUACUGCUGAAAAAGAUAUAAUUACACUCGAUCGUAAUCGUAAUUAACAAGCAAAAACGAGAAGAAUAUCGAAAUAUGGAUCAGUUUUCACAAUGUUUGACGCGCGUGUGUUACCGCGUAUUCUUCUUCGAUCGAUGAUCACUAACUAUAUAACGUUCUUUCGGUCGUUAAGCGAUCGUUUUGGCGAGAAAAAUAAUAUCUGAUAAAUGCUUGAAAUGAGCUUUGUGAGUAUUAUUCUUCUUGCAUUCUUGCGAAUUAAAAUCCUCGAUUAAAUAGCAAUGUGCAGGAAUCAGGAUGCGGUGAACGCUCCUAAAUAUUAAAGGGAAAAAGGAUGAUAGUUCCGGACACAAUUGCGAUACUUUCAAAAUUCUCCAAAGAAACAGUUUACGAUACAUUUCUAAGCUAGUUUUUACUGUUCAGUCGUGUGUUGCUUGAAUUUUAAUAAUUGCGAGAAAUAGCGUGUGUGUCAAACAAAAGAAGACGAGAAACAAUACUUCGUAUAUAUGAUCUUCUCGAAUAAACCCUCCGCCCUUUAAAUCGCUAUCCUUUGCUCUUCUUCAAUUAUAAUCAAUCGUAACAUAACCGCAUAAUUAUACAUACUUACAAAAUCUAAUAUAAUACGAUAGUAAUAAUAAUUAUUGUGUUAAAGUAUACAUAUGUACACACACUUAUAUAUAUAUAUAUAUAUAUAUAUAUAUAUAUAUAUAUAUAUAUAUACGUAUACACACACAUAUGUAAAAUAUAUUUCUAUAUGCGCUUAAUGUCUGCGAGUCGACUAACAUUCGCAUAUGCGAGUUCGAGGACCUUUCAGCGCAGCUAUAAAUAUUUUCUAAGCCACAGAGCAUGUGAUGUUAGGAAUUAUUGCGUAUUUUAAUCGAUAAUCAUUAAUAAUAAAGAUGAAAGAAAUUGUGAAAAAGGCUGCGCGCGAACGAACUGCACAAUCGUGCCGGGAUCGGUUGCCACGGCGCGGUCCUUCGAUCCUUCUUCCGCGACUAAUUAAUCUUUUUGAUGUUUUGUAACAUUCCAUGUUUCCAAACUACGAACAAGAGAGAUCAAAGCCACGCGUGUCGCGAGCCGCAACUAUUUACGCACAUCGCAUGAGCGAUCGCUAUAUUAAUCGGAGGAUCUCGUCUCGGGAAUGCUGUGUCGGGUCAUAGUUACUCUAUAAAACUCUGUCGCCAUGCAUCGUUUCUGAAAUGUUCUUCGAAGACCAAGCGGUUUCGCGCGUCGACGUAACGACGAAGGACCACGCCGACGAGCUCGGUUAUAAGGGAAAAAAUAUGUAUGUAUGCAUGUAUGUAUGUAUGUAUCUGUAUGGAAGAUUUGAAGCGCGUUUUGAAGAACGUGAGUGCUUAUCUGAAGGAAUAUAAGAGAAUCUCAGUUUGAUUACAACAUGAAAAAAUUGUAACAUUUGCAUGAUAAAUCGAUAUUUGGAAAAAAUCCGCAAACGUUUAGACAACGUAUGAAAAAUAUCUGAAAAUAUUUUUCAUAUAACAAUAAUGUUUUCUUCUUUAUAUGAUUUCCUAUUUUAGAUAGUAUUUAUCUAAAAAUUUCUAUUUCUAUUAUUUCUAGUAUUUUUUAAAUAAUAUUAAUAUUUUUUCAUAAGAUUUAAUAAUAAAAACAUCGAAAUUUUGUUAAGAUGUUACGAAUGACUGCAGAUUUUCUUCUAUGUAUGUAUGUGUAUGUGAUAUGUAUUAAUGCUUAUGGACAGCGAUGGUGCUAAUCGAAACCCCAAUACAUAUUGCGAUCGACUUUCUUCGAAAAUAUUGUGGUUAUAGUUUUUAGAAAGCCUUACAUAACGUUCCGAGAUUUCCUCGCGACGGACAUGCCUUGAAAUGUCAAUUCGCGGCGAGCUUUUUAGUUCCAUGCGGGACUGAUAUUAUUAUAGUAUGAAAAGAGAAAGAAUGUGAGAAAAUAUUGUAUUCGAGUUGGUAGUUUCAAAUGAGAAAAGAAUAACGAAGUCUGUUUCCACGGUCUCAUUAGUGAAACGGCAUAUUGGUCCGCGAUCAUCAUUUCCUCUUUCCGCGUUCACCAGAAGUAGCAAAAGAAAAAAAUGCAACAUUCCAGACAUAUUCAUGCUCUACGGAGAAUCCUUAAAAUCUCGAGGUACUGCCAUGUUCCGUGUGCACGAGAAAGCCUGAUAGAGAGAUGAGGAACGCGAUGGGAGAACGUGCAUCGUAAUGCACUGUUGAGUUCGUCGAGACACGCGCAGAAGUAAUUAACCCGGAACUCAGUGCAUUUAAUUAGGAGCCGGUUUAUCUUUCCUUCCCCCAGAUGUUCUGAUUCUUUUAUAGCCGGUCGCAAAAACGUUUCUUUUUUUUUAUCGGACUGAUAAGCGAACUUGAUUCUGCAAAACUUAUGAAUUUCAUAGCCCAUUUGAGAUAUUAAACAUAUCAAUGGAAUCAAUGUAUCGAACACUUGAUACUCGCUUGGAUACUUUAUAGAUGCUCUUAAAAGAAUUUUUUUCAUAUCAAAUGGCUGUUAUUAAUCAAUUUGCAAUGCUGAUUUAUCAUAAAGACCGCUUUGUAAUCGCGUUUUGCUAACAUUUGCAUUUAAUGUUUCGCUAUCGAGUCGUUUUCUUCCGCCGUUGUCUGAAGCUUUCAAUCCCGAAUCGUAUUAUUAAAGUUCCAAGUUAAUGAUACUUCUAAAAAUGAGUAUGGCCUGAAACAGCGAUAUCUAUCCAAUUCAAAAUCAACGGAACAUGGCAUCGAGGUGAACAACAAAAGGUGCCAAAAAAUGAAUAUCCCUUACUAUUUUAGCAUCACUUAGAAAAUCAUCACACAUCUCACCAUCCCUUGCCAUGACAAUAAAAGUUUUAUUGUUUUGUAAAAUAUUGUAUAUAUAUAUAUAAUAUUAGAAAGAGAGAUAGUGCAUGUGUAUGAUAUAUGCGUGCUUGUAUGUGUGUAUGUAUAUGAGUUAUGCAGCGGCGAGCUUGACAUAACGAAUUUAUUUAAACUAAUCGAAGGACGCGCGCGCGAUCAGAUAAUAAAAAGAUUAUAUUAUCGUAAAAGGCCGCGCCUCUACUUUAUCGAGUUUGCGUCGCAGCGAGCACCAACUGCUUAACGUUGCAAUCGCGUAAUUAUUUCAAUUACAAGUCGUUCAUCAUGAUUUUGCCGAUGAUUGAUCGAUCUGUCAGGCUGUGCGAAUCUGGUAGUCUGUCGUUUGUAGUGCGUCUGCGGUGUAUGUGCGUAUACGUGUGAAUAAUGAAUCUUUAUAACUUGCGAGAGCAACCCAGGACGAAAUAAACGCAGCCAAGCAAGGUGUAAAGCACAUAAACCGAUCGCAUCUAUACAUAUAUACAAAGCUUCAUCAAGUAUAUAAUGAACCGCGCGAUUGCAUCAAGGGGAAAGAAAUAGAAUAGUGUCGCACGUGAACACACAUUUUAUACGCGCAUUGCAAGAAGAAGGAGAUGGUAUACAUAAGUAUUUUGUUAUUAAGUAUCAUUGAAUUUAUUGUAAUGAUAUACUCUUAAGAGUAACGAUCACGUAAUAUUAUUGCUAGAGAGAGUGUUAUUUAUUUUUAUUUGUUGCGAAUUUAUCGAUUGCCUUCCAUUUGAGUAAAAUAAAUAAAUACAAAGUUAUUCGCUAAAA